CACUUACGUGGAGACGGCAAGCGCGUUCCUUCAUCGUUUGAGCGAUACUACACCCAGGCAGGAUGGACCCCUCUGGCAAGGUGGCGCUGAUCACGGGAGCGGCCGGCGGCCUGGGCAGAGCCUUCAGCAGGGCGCUGCUGUCCGCGGGCGCCAAGGUGGCGCUGUCGGACGUGGACGCGGCCGUGGGCCAGAAGUUCGCGCAGGAGCUGGAGCAGCAGUUCGGCAGCGGGCGGGUCGUCUUCGUCAAGGCGGACGUCACCGACCCGGCACAGCUGGAGGAAGUGUUCAAAAAAGCGAAAAGCACCUUCAAGCGCCUGGACAUCGUCAUCAACAAUGCUGGUAUCAUGCGGGACAGCAUCUGGGAAAAGCAAAUCGACAUUAAUAUGAAGGGGGUGGUGCAUGGGAUGCUGCUGGCGUUCAAGCACAUGGGCAAGGAGGGCGGCGGCCCCGGCGGGCUGGUGGUCAACGUGGCGUCCAUCGUGGGCGUCUCCGUGGUGGCCAACCUGCCCAUCUACUGCGGCACCAAGCACGCCGUCGUCGCCAUGACGCGCGGAUACGGGAUGCCGGUAAACGUGGAGCGCACCGGCGUGAAGGUGGUGGCGCUGUGUCCCGGGGCCACCGACACGCCACUGCUCAACGACGCCAAGCACUACCUGCUGCACCCGCAGCUGGCCGGCGACCUCCAGAACGCCAUCGACACCUUCGGCAUGAACAAGCCGGAGCAGAUCGCGGAGGGCCUGAUGCACGUGAUCCGGAACGCCGAGUCUGGCUCUGCAUGGGUCUCGAACCUGGGAGACCACUACGAGGUGCACUUCCCGCAGCUCCACAAGUGAGGCGCGCCUGCCACACCUCUAGAGCUGUACUCGCCCGCUCUACGCAUCCUUUACAGUGUAUGUUUUAUUUGCCUGUACAAUAAAAUGUGAACCAAACAGUUCCUACAGCAACUCUACUUCAUGUGACUGACUCCAUUUUCUCAUACAUUGUUUCCCGUUA